AUGUUUUUCUCCAAUAAACCUUGGCAUUCGAUUGAGAAUGUCAAAGCUCAGGGAGAUUUUACUUCUUUCACUAUCAAAUUCGGAAGGGUGAAGUCUAUCAGUUUUGGUGGAAGCAUUGUCAGCAAGCCGAUCAUGGCUGGUGGAACCCCCUGGAAGGUUGUGUAUUUUCCUAAAGGAUUCACGGACCCGGAUUAUGCUUCUCUGUACAUCAUGAACGACGAGUGCGAAAGAGAUCAAGGCGAUCCAGAAAAUCCAGACAGGAUCACCAGCCAAAGUUUUGCCUCUGUGGAGUUGAAGAUGCAACCUAUUCCUCAGUUUGAUGAAGAUGCAAAAGGGAAGAAUGCAGGACAAGCCGAUGCGGAAGAAGGGGAGGAUGAAGAUGACGAUGCGAGUAUUGCAUCCAGUGCUGCGUCUCUUGCAACCGAAGCCUCCACAAAACCGGGUGGUACAAAGUCUAGAAGCCAACGGAGUGAAGGCAAAAGAAGUUUUUCCAAGAACAGUGCGACAUCUUCCAAGAUGGGACAAGCAGAUGCCAACGGUGUUGUGCUUCCUCCUUGCAUAGAAAGAUCUCUGUCCCAGCUGUUCACGAACAGAGAGCCAAGCUGGGGUGUGACUCUUUUGAUCUACUUGAGCAGCUCUGAACCAGAAAGUGCAGGUUUUGAAAAAUUAUUCGACAUAGGAAAACUCUACAACUGGAGAGAGGGAUACAUGUUAGAGUAUGGGAAAAAUCGAGAGAGAGUUCAGGAUGGUCAUAUCACGUUGGAAAUAAUCAUAUUUGCUGCCUCGGGCUUGCGACUGGAGGAGCCUCAACUUGAACCGGAGCUCACUCUGUCAGGGAGACAGAGAGUGAAUUGGGUCAUCCAUGAUCUGAAGCGCGUGGUCGCCAAAAUUGGUCCAAACAAAAAACUUUCGAGCGCUGAGUUCACAUGCGAUGGAGAGUGGUAUCUAGAUUUGUUUCCAAGUGGCUACAGGACGGAAGAACCUGAGACAAUAUCGAUCUACUUACAUUCUUCACGUAGACAGGUUGAGCUCGGGUUUGUGUCCAAAGUGUGGUUCAGAUUCGGGUUGAAGAAAGUGAAUCCUACAGAAGAGGAACAAGAUGAUCCCAAGUACGAGAAUGUCUGGUUUCCUCCUGGCUCCUCAUGCGUAUCAACUUUCACGCCAUCUAAAAAGUGCUUUGGAAAGCAAAAUGCUUUCAAAGUUUCAGACAUUGUCGAAGGAAGGAACGGCAACAAGAAACUUUUCCUUUACGGAAAAUAUGAUGCUGGCGGAGCUGUUGCUUUUGUUCUGGACCUGCUGAUAACAGACGACGAAAGUUGGCAAGUCCAACACAUGCUGCACGAGAUCGAAGCCUUUGGCUACAAGCAGAACAGGUGCAAUGAGACGGGUGAAGAGCUCAAAGCAGAUUGGCUUCCUGGAGGAGGAAAAGUGAUUUGCUACCACUGCGGAAAGGCAUUCUCCAAAGAAGUGACAAAUUACCAAGCAAGGAUGGAGGAAUUCGGGUAUGAAAUUGGAAGAGAGUACAUCACAGAUAUCCUCAUGCGCGAAGAUGAGCACUGGCUGGAUGGAGUCUUGAGAGCUGUCAACAUCCCCGAUAGAAUCGACCAGGCAGUGAAGUCGAUCACGCACAACAUCGCUCGUAUGAGACUCAAGAAGGAGCAAGACGAAGAAGAGGAUCAUAAUGAAGAUGAAAUCGACGAAGGGAACAUGACGUUGGAGCAAAAGAGCAAGAAAGAAAAGGAAAAAGCGCUGCAGAAGAAAUUCGAAGACAAGAUCAAGGCAUUAAGACUUGAAGUCGAGGAUUCGCAUUUUUCCAAACCUGUUUGCUCAAAGUGUGCAGAGAAGCGAAAAGCCCUUCAAGCAUGCAAAGAAAUUUAUGCCAACGAGCCGCCAGAAAAGAGAGGCAAUUGGCAAUGCCCCGACCAGAAUGCCUUGACCACUCUGUUUCCUGAUGGCUCCGAGGCCUUUGUGCCAAGAAAUGCCCGAAAGCAAUCUCAAGAGAAAAACAACUUUCGAAGCGGGUGGAAAGGAAUCUGGGAGAUUUACGACAAGAAAUACCAGGGAAUGAAGGAGGCGAUGGCUCAGAUCAACAUCAAAGGCGACGCCGUGCUCCAUGCUGCUGACGAGUGGAUCAAGAAGAGGUUGGGGCGUAACAAGGACAUGAACCCAGCCGACCUACCCGGUCGCAACGCUCUCACGCUAGUUAGAGGAAACCGAUUCGUAGAGCCCAUGGAGCUCUGCCGGCAGUGCAACGGGAGAGUCAACCGGGAUGGGAUCACGCCGGACGAGGACGAGGACGCGCCCAAGGACUACUUCUGCGACGUUCGCUUCGAUGUCGUCAAGCCCCCCAAGGCCAUCUACUGCCUCUACUCCGGCAAAAUCUUCUGCGAGUUCUGCGCGGAUCCCAAGAAGCAUCUCUAUGCUCUCCCGCAGUUCGAGAUGAACCCGUCGCAGGCCGAGCUCGUGCAGGUGUCGCAGAACUCGCUCGAGGUCCUGCAGAAGACCGUGACGAGGAUACAACCCGUGUCGAAGAAGGAGGAGGAAGAAAUCGUACCCAAGGGGAGGAGAAACAUCGAAGUGGAGGAAGAGGACGGAGACGACGAGCCGGCCUUCAUCACCCUCUUCCGCAAGUUUCCCAUCUGUGGCAACCAGAUAGCCGACAAGUUGGCGGACCAGAUAGCCGAAUGGACAGGAGAGUGA